AUGCGCCCCGAUUCCUGGACUCCGAUUCGAAUUGCUGAGACUUCAGAGGAAGUGAUCCUGCCGCGCUUCAAUCCUCCGACCAACCCUGCCGUCCAGAUGGCCGUCCACUCGCCCUACUUCCUGCCCAGCCCCUACCUGGAAGGGACCACCUAUCAGGGUGGAAGGGCGUACGAGCUGCGACUGAAUAUGGAAGAAAGUCACCUCCUACCAACGCCCUAUCAAACGAACUGCACGGACUACAUGUUGAUAUGGAAGCAGCGAGGAGGAGAAGCUCCGAUAGACCAGAUGGGAAUUAUUCAAGAAUGUAGAGUAAAUUCGAGCUACAAAAAUGCAGGCUGCAUACCUGUAACGAUUGAUUAUCCUCAUACUUAUAAUGUUUGCAAAACGGAUGUGGAAGACCACAACAAUGUUUCUGAUGAUGGCUGUACAUUGUUAGCCGAUAUCUACAAUCAGCCGUGCGAGUAA